AUGUCAGCUUUUGCUAGGAUGAAGAGAGUAACUGACCCGUGGGAUGAGAAGGUGAUGGACCGGAUCGUCGGUCGAGAGAAGAUUGGAACGGCUUACGUCAGCAGCGGCAGUGAACACAGCGACCAGGUCGACGAUGACGUCAUCUCUCCGAGUUUGUCCGAUCUUUUCUACGGUUUUACUGUUGAAGACGCCGGAGACUCGUCGCCGGAGAUAAAUGACUCCGAUUCUGAGCGCGAUCCUUCAAUGUAUGAGUCAAGUGAGGUGAAUUUAGACUUCAUCAAAUCGAUUCUGCAAGGUGAGAAAGAAGCGUUUGAAAAAGGACUUUUAGGUUUUGUUUCGAAAGCUGUUGAAUUGUUUUCCGAUGUGAAAUCAAAUAGACAGAUUUUGCGAAGAAAUGUCAUGGCGUUUUUGAGGUGUAAAGGUUACAAUGCGGCGAUUUGCAAAACAAAAUGGGAGACAUCUGGCGGACUCACCGCCGGAAACUACGAAUUCAUCGACGUUGUUCGAUCGGACACCAAAAGAUAUUUCAUCGAUCUGGAUUUCGCUUCGGAAUUCGUAAUCGCGAGGCCUAGUAAUUUCUACCAGCAUCUUCUUCAGUACUUGCCGAGAGUUUACGUUGGUAAAAGUGAAGAUUUAAAGCAGAUUUUGAAGGUAAUACCUUGA